GUCAAACCGGGGCGACGCUUGUUUCCGUGACGUCAUUUUAUGCGACUCGCCGCAGCAGCAUUCCGUCUGUCAUCACGUCCACUGACUCCGUCAUGGCGUCUGGAGCUGCGGAGUCGCACUGUGACCACGACGCUGAACUGGACGAGUUGCUGGACAGUGCACUGGAUGACUUUGACAAGCAGCCUGCGCCUCCUGAACCUAAAGCUCCUUCCUCCUCAAGCCAUGGAGAAGACAAGCCACCGCUGCUGGAGGAUUGCAAGCUCUUCGAGACGCUCUUUGAGGGUGACAUGGCGUCCCAGGCCCAGCAGGAGUGGGAGAAAGCCAUGAAGGAAUUGGCUCAGGAGGAGCCCGACCUGCUCCAGCACUUUCAGAAACUCUCGGAGGCCGCCGGCAAAGUUGGGACUGACACGGCUUCCCAGCAAGAAUUCACCUCCUGCCUCAAAGAUACUCUCCGUGGCCUCGCCAAGAACACCGAUAACUUGCAGUCUUCAGGCCUGGCCGGAGAUGAUCUGGUCAAAGCCCUGGAAGGCUUGGGAUUGGACGAGGGCGGCGAAGGGGGUGGCGCGGGGGACGACGCCAACGUCCUUCCCAUCAUGCAAUCUAUCAUGCAGAAUCUCCUCUCCAAGGAGGUUCUCUACCCGUCCCUCAAGGAGAUCACCGCUAAGUAUCCAGAGUGGUUGGAGGCCAACAAAUCCAGUCUGAGCCCGGAGGACGCCCAACGCUACGAGCAGCAGGCCGAGGUCAUGGGAGAAAUCUGUCAGCACUUUGAGAAGGAGGAAAACGGUGACAAGGUCUUUGAAGGCAUCAUGGACCUCAUGCAGAAGCUGCAGGACCUUGGACAACCACCCAAAGAGCUUGCAGGAGACACGCCUCCUGGUUUUAACUUUGACCUGGACUCUCUCACCCUCCCGGGGGGCCUUGGUGGAGCGGGGGCGGCUGAGCAAUGCUCCAUUAUGUGAGGCGGAGGCGGCAGCUUGAACCCAGUUGCGGAGAGGACCACGCCCACCAGGAGUUUAGUGGCGGCAUUGUGACGCUCUCCCUCACGUCCCAAACAAAUGUGGAAGAGGUUGCAAAGUCCGUCAGCGGCUCAAACAUGUAAACAUCUCUGUAUUUGUUUUGUUUUUUUCUUCACGCAGAUCUUUCAUUUUUACCUGCAUUCCCUUUUCCAGGAAGGUGGUAGUGCACCCUCUCUGGUGUAUCUUUAUUUAACCCACCUGUUAUGUCAAUUUGACAUUAAUUCCGAAAGUACCACUAAAAAAAAAAAAAAUCCUAUUCAAUACAAUGAACUUCGUUACUAAUCGUUUUAGUCAACAUUUACUGCAUUAUUUGUGGUAAAUCACAUUUCAACAAGGAUCAUUCACUCUAUUGUCAAUAUUUUGUUCAAAGAUUUUUAAAUCACUACAAACAUUUACUGUCCAUGUUUAUUAUACAUAAACCAGCAUUUGAUACCAUAAUACUACUUUGAAUCAUUUUCGAAACUUUAUAGCUGUAAUUUUAUGAUUACUGUUCACUAAAACGAAACAUAAAAUUUCACUGUGGUCAAUUUGACCUACGAUGUAAACCGAGAGUUAUACUAAAACGGGUAUAAAUAUUAGGUACAUUUAUCGCAGGUCCAAUGUACUAGUGUUAAACUACUUACAGGAGGGUUAUUGUAACUAAAAGAAAAAGGGAAUUCAAAAUGGACAGUAAUUAAAAUAAAUGUAGGGGUCAUUAUGAACGGCAAUUGAAAACUAAAUUGAGAAAACAAUUUAAAAAGUAAGAAAAUUCUAAAAAUGACUAAGCUUGUGUUUUGGGACUCCAUUUUACCCACAGUAUAAUAGAGUUAAACAUCCGGCAACUCAAAAAGUUAUAACAAAUUUAAAAGAAAUCUCAAACUGGGAUGAAAAUGAUUUUUACAGGUCAGUUUGGCCUGCAGUUGAACAAGAGGCACAAAAAGGGUGCAAUUUAUUAAAUCAAUCCAGAUAUGUACGGGUCAGUUUGACCGGCAAUAUAACAGGAUGAUUCAAACGUGUCAAUUUGACUUCUCCACACAAACAGAAGGAUGGACUGGGAUCACUGCGGUCUCAUCAUGUAUUACAGAAACACAAAAGCACUGGACUGUAUGUUGAAAAUGACCUACGAAAUAUAGAUAUAAUUGUUUUGUCGCCGUAAUGUUUCCCGCAGUCAUUAAUCAGAAGUGAUUGGUUUGAAGAUGAUUGUGUUGUAAGGUUACCUUGCUGAAGUGCUUCCCUUGCGUUUUAUUGCAAAGAUUGAUGUUUGCAUGAGUGGAGGGGGGGUUUACAAGCUCCCACUUCAAAGAGUGCAUUUACAAAAGGCCAAAGCACUUUGUGUGCAUAUAUAACAAACGUGUGCAACUAUGGAAUUGGGGCUAGAAAGCACAGGACAACCCGCCCGCCGCUGUGUACGAUUGAGGCAGUGAGCACUGCAAUGCAUCGAGACAUUUGUGUCACAGUGCUUCUUUCAUCUUGCCAUCCGUUUACAGCGGAACGACAUAGCUGCUGCUAUGUCUUGUCCUUUUUGUAAAUACAGUAUACUUAAUAAAAGAAAGAUAUCAACAA